GAGCGGACGCCGUCCGUCCUUCCGUGCGCCGGCCCCUAGCGAAGAGCCCGAGCUCCCAGGGCUGUGCACGCCCGGGCCCGGGGGAGGCGGCUCCGCUCAUGGACCCCGAGCCUGCUGUCGGGGGCGACCAAGUGGCCCACCCUCAGGACCCUCACCACCCAUCCGAGAAGCCCGCCAUUCACUGCCAUAAAUGUGGGGAGCCGUGCAAGGGUGAGGUGCUCCGGGUCCAGACCAAGCACUUCCACAUCAAAUGCUUCACCUGCAAAGUGUGUGGCUGUGACCUGGCCCAAGGUGGCUUCUUCAUAAAGAACGGGGAGUAUCUCUGCACCCUGGACUACCAGAGGAUGUAUGGGACACGCUGCCAUGGCUGUGGGGAGUUCGUGGAAGGAGAGGUGGUGACUGCCCUGGGCAAGACCUACCACCCCAACUGCUUCGCGUGUACCAUCUGCAAGCGCCCGUUUCCACCCGGAGACCGCGUCACGUUCAACGGGAGAGACUGCCUCUGUCAACUCUGUGCCCAGCCGAUGGCGUCCAGCCCCAAAGAAGCCUCCUGCUCCGGCAACUGUGCCGGCUGCGGAAGGGACAUCAAGAACGGGCAGGCGCUGCUGGCGCUGGAACAGCAGUGGCACUUGGGGUGCUUUAAGUGCAAGUCCUGCGGGAAGGUCCUCACCGGCGAGUACAUCAGCAAGGACGGCGCCCCGUACUGCGAAAAGGACUACCAGGGGCUCUUCGGGGUGAAAUGUGAAGCCUGCCACCAGUUCAUCACGGGCAAGGUCUUGGAGGCAGGUGACAAACAUUACCACCCCAGCUGUGCACGAUGCAGCAGAUGCAACCAGAUGUUCACAGAAGGAGAGGAAAUGUAUCUUCAAGGUUCUACCGUUUGGCAUCCCGACUGUAAGCAGUCUACCAAGACGGAGGAAAAGCUGCGGCCGCCAAACACUCGGCACUCUCCCUCCGAUUUCUUUUAUCCCAAAAGUCUGAUCCGACGCACAGGACGGCCCCCGUCGCUGCAGCCCACCAGGACUUCCUCCGAAAGCAUCUAUUCCAGGCCAGGCUCCAGCAUCCCCGGGUCCCCGGGCCACACCAUCUACGCAAGAGUGGACAACGAAAUCCUGGAUUACAAGGACUUAGCAGCUAUUCCCAAGGUCAAGGCAAUUUAUGAUAUCGAACGUCCAGAUCUUAUUACCUAUGAGCCUUUCUACACGUCCGGCUAUGAUGACAAGCAGGAGAGACAGAGCCAGGGGGAGUCUCCAAGGACUUUGUCUCCUACUCCGUCUGCAGAAGGGUACCAGGACGCUCGGGACCGGAUGAUGCACCGGUCCACCAGCCAGGGCUCCAUCAACUCCCCCGUGUACAGCCGCCACAGCUACACUCCCACCACGUCCCGCUCUCCCCAGCACUUCCACAGACCCGAUCAAGGAAUCAACAUUUACCGAAAACCACCCAUCUACAAACAGCAUGAUGCAGCUGCCUUGGCAGCCCAGAGCAAGUCUGCAGACGACAUCAUCAAGUUUUCCAAGUUCCCAGCAGCGCAGGCGCCAGACCCCAGCGAGAUCCCAAAGAUUGAGACGGACCAUUGGCCUGGUCCCCCCUCACUUGCCGCCGUAGGAGCUGACAUGAGACGCAGAUCUAGUGGCAGAGAGGAAGACGAUGAGGAACUCCUGAGACGCCGGCAGCUUCAGGAAGAGCAACUAAUGAAGCUCAACUCGGGCCUGGGGCAGCUGAUCCUGAAGGAAGAGAUGGAGAGGGAGAGGGAGAGCCGGGAGAGGGCAUCCCUGGCAGCCAGUCGCUAUGACUCUCCCAUCAACUCAGCUUCGCAUGUCCUGUCAUCUAAAACCUCGUCUCUCCCAGGCUAUGGAAGAAACGGGCUUCACCGGCCCGUCUCUACAGACUUCGCUCAGUACAACAGCUACGGGGACGUCAGUGGGGGAGCGCGAGACUACCAGACCCUCCCGGAUGGCCACAUGCCUGGCAUGAGAAUGGACCGCGGCGUGUCUAUGCCCAACAUGUUGGAGCCAAAGAUAUUCCCAUAUGAAAUGCUCAUGGUGACCAACAGAGGGCGCAACAAAAUCCUGAGAGACGUGGACAGAACGCGGCUGGAGCGCCACCUCGCCCCGGAAGUGUUUCGGGAAAUCUUCGGCAUGUCCAUACAGGAGUUUGACAAGUUACCUCUUUGGAGACGCAACGACAUGAAGAAAAGAGCAAAACUCUUCUGAGUCCCACGCAAGACUCUUCUGAGUCCCACAUGUAGACAAGCAAUUAGAAGGCGGCCUGCCGAUGGCGGUGACGCGUAGGAUGUUGUAUUAAGCUUUGAACUGGACUGGAGAAUUUGCAAACUACUGCCCCUCGGCAACCACCAGAAGGGGGAAACCUCAUGAAAACACCCACGAGCCAAACACGGGGCCGACCAACGGCAACACUUGCCAAGAAGCCAUGGGGUAGAGAUGUCUAUGUUCCCACACAUGUGACCUUUCACACCACCUUGUGCACACGACAGGGGCCCCUUCCCUGGUCUCCCUUUCACCUUUGCCCAACCAUCGUGCUCACUGUCUGGGUAAGAGCCAGCAAGUGCCCUUAGGAUGCCGCAUGGAGCAAGCAGCUGUCGUCAUCCCCCGUCUGCGUCUGUUUGUGAUGUAGCAUGUGGCUAAGGAGCAAGAGCCUGGGGGCGUGUCCACGUGGGAGCAGCCGUGUGCACCCCCCUGCGCCCCGGCCUCAGGCAGCUCUGCUCCUGUGGGGGGAGCCCCGAGAGGGAACCCAGUGGCUACUUGAGUGGGCUGAGUGGCAGCCGGAGCCAUUUUUAACAAGCCCCUUAUUCUCCACUGUCAUCCAGGCCCUGGUUUGCAAAUUACUUUUCUUUUUCUUCAUUUUAAGGGGGAAGGAACGAAAGGGAAAGCUCCAUCACUCGUUUUCCCGCUUCGGAUAGUGUGACUCAUGCGCGCCCCCUGUUGGCAAAGAAAGGGAAGGGGAGAUCGCCUCUAGAUUGGCACAGGUGCAUGCUGUUCGGUGAUUCUUGCCCAGCGGCCAUGGCACUCUCCUGUGCCCUCCCGAGGCCAGUUCCCACCCUCCGCUCUGCACCUGGCAUCCGCUGCAUUGAAUCUCGCCCACGCUGGUUCUGGUUUUUUUCUAGGUCUUUCCAGUAGUCGGCUAAGGAAAGGCAUGGUUUUCUGUUUGAAGGCUCUGCAACUCCAAGGUAGAUGGCCUGACACCGAUUUCCUGUGGCCUUUUAGCUCUCCUCGCUCGGCACUGUUGACCCCGUGUGUGUGUGUGUGUGUGUGUGUGUGUGUGUGUGUGUGCACCCACACGCACUGCACCUUCUAACUUAUUUUACGCGCGGCUCGGCCAGGGUGGACCAGAGCAGGUCUGCUCCGUGGGCUGGCGCCGGACUGCAGUGUGCGGUGCUGCCCCCUCCCCUCCGCCCUCGCCUGCGAUUGGCAGCCUGUGUGCCCUAGUCUUGGCUUUGCUCUGGCAAAGUGUGGGCGCGGGGACCACGGCGUAUUCCCAGCAUUCCCCGGCCACCGUCAAUAACCAGGCUCCCGGCGCCGGGCGGGUGGAGAGAGCUUGUCAUUGUGGGGUGGACAGAGGGCCCUCCGCGCUUUCACUGGUUGAGGACAGUGGUCGGCAAACUCAUGAGUCAACAGAGCCAAAUAUCAACAGGACAACGACUGAAAUUUCUUUUGAGAGCCACAUUUUUUUAACUUAAACUAUAUAGGUGGGUACAUGGUUAUUAACUUAAUUAGGGUACUCCUCAGCUGGCCUUUGCUAAGAACUCAAGGGGCCAAAGAGCCGCAUGUGGCUCGCGAGCCGCAGUUUGCCGACCACUGGGUUGAGGGGUUUGCCCCGGGCACCUGCAGACCAAACGGCCCCGGGGGAGCAGCUGCAGUGGUAGGUAACGCGCUGAGCCCAGAACCCGUUCCCACUCACUCAGCGCGGCUUUCCUCGUCUCUUUGGGAGUCGGUUCUGUGUCCGCCUUGGAAGACAGCAACGCUUCUUUCCAUGUCAAGCGUGUGAGCAAAUGUAACCCACGCCAGGCAGACAGGCGUCGCCCCCACAUGCCAGGAGCCUCCUGUUUGCAAGCAGAGCCGUGCCGUGCUCUGGAGAGAGCGGGCAUCGAACCCUAACGCGGAGCGGGCUCCCCAGCUCCCCUCCCCGGCAGAAGGCUCCGGCCGGAGCAGCCUGCUUCUCCUGACUGCCCAGCCCCGUGAGCGGCUCCCACACACCCUCCGCGGUGUGAAACGGGCCCCGCACGCUUGUUCGCAGAAUGUCCAGGCCACGGCCCCGCGGACCCGUCUUCUCUGCCUGAACCCCGCCCCGCACUGCACAUACACAUCCCCGGUUACCCGUCACACGAGCAGGGAUUGCUCGCUUCGGGGUGGAUCACACACCUGGCGAGACCCCCUGGCGCUGACACAAGGGCUAUGUCUGCGCCUUGGGCUUCCUUACGAUUCUUUCAGCGCGCUG